CAACUGGCAGAUGUUCAGAAGUCUCCGCGCGGUUCUCGGCUCUGAAGCGGGUAGUGAUGUGACUGCGUGUCCGCUGCCGACUCCGGACCCCGCGUCCAAGUCAGGAUGGACAUUGCUGAAUUGCAUCAUUGUGCGCGCUCACAUGCUGUACCUCGUGGUGGCACUGUUGACUUGCUUUGUUACGAGUUUUUCCUUGAUGACAAGUUUUUCUUUUUUAAGAAAAAUAAGACCAAAGGACCGAGUGCUCACACAAGGACUGCUGCGACCUACAUAGACAUAUGCUGACAGUCAUGAAGACAGCCGAACACAUGAACACGCUGUACGGGGAAUUCACGGUCACAAGUAACCGAAAAGUCAGGUGUGCCGUGAGCCUGACUGACAGCGAGUUCAUCGUCCAGCGGCUCAGCUCAAUACCUGCGGGCCGACACAGAGUGCUCCGCAGCCUCAGGGACUGCGUAGGCUCCCGGGCUUACCGGGAAGAUGACAACUCGGACUGGGCAGCAUACCUGGCGGUCUAUUUCUACCCACUUAAGCGGCGCUGGAUGAGCUCCGGGCUUUCACGGCAGAGAGUGGAGCAUUGCUUCCGGAUCUCCGAGUUCCAGGACCCGCGAGCCAACCUGGAGGAAGCGGAGAAGUGGGCUCGGACCGUGCGGGAGCGCUCCAGCCGGCAGCAGAACAUGAGAAACGGGUUGCUAAUGAGCGAGCUGACCUGUCCAUACCGCAUGAUGCUUCUGGUGAAUCCACACAGCGGGAAAGGACAGGCACUCACGCUCUACAAUAACCACAUAAAGCGGAUGCUCAACGAGGCCGGGGUCCCGCACACAAUCCUCAUCACCGAACAUCAGAACCACGCCCGUGAGCUAGUGAGAGAGGCUGACCUGUCGCAGUGGGGUGCUGUCGUCAUCUUGUCAGGAGACGGCCUUCUGUUUGAGGUGAUCAAUGGUCUCCUGGACAGAUCAGACUGGGAGGAGGCGAUCAGGAUGCCACUUGGUAUACUUCCUGGCGGUUCAGGAAAUGCCUUAGCUGCAUCUAUACAUCACUACUCAGGUGCCUCGGUGGUGUCAACUGAGGAACUCCUGAUCAGCUGCGGCUUCCUGCUCUGUAAAGGUCUGGUGUCCCGCAUGGACCUGGUCUCGGUCCACCUCUUCUCCGGCACUCGCCUCUUUUCCUUCCUGUCGCUGGCGUGGGGCUUCGUGGCCGACGUGGACAUUGAGAGUGAGAAGUACCGUCAUGUUGGGGCGGCUCGCUUCACAGUGGGCACGCUGGUGAGGCUGGCUUCUCUGCGCAUCUACAAGGGCAAGUUGGCCUACCUGCCUGCCACAGGGGACUUCAAGCAGGCCAGGUCCACGCAUAACGGCACUUUACGCCGCUCCACAGGCUCUCCCAUGCUGAACUCCCUCCACAACUCCUGUCAUUCCAACAACUCCCUCAAAGCCAUGAGAACUGAGCACACGCCAUCGAGAAGUGCCAACAAAGCCCCAACGGGCUUAUGUGACUCUCUGCUACCCCCGCUGGACGAGCCUCCCCCUAGCAACUGGGUGGUGGUUCCUGAAGAAGACUUUGUCCUGGUGCUGGCUAUGUACCAGUCUCACCUGGCCGAAGACCUGCUGGCAGCGCCGGACGCCACUCUGAACGACGGCGUGAUACAUCUUUUCUACGUGAAGGCAGGGAUAUCGCGCUCGGCGCUGCUUAAGCUCUUCCUGGCUAUGGAGAAGGGUGCACACGUUGACUCUGGCUGCGCACACCUGGUGCACACCAAGGUGCAGGCGCUCAGGUUGGAGCCGUAUUCUCCUAAAGGGAUUAUCACAGUGGAUGGAGAGGUGGUGGAAUAUGGAGCAGUGCAAGCUGAGGUGCACCGCGGCCUCGCAAGACUCAUCUAUGGAUGAACACACGCACAGGGCACACAAGCAAAGAUGUCAUACUUGAAGCUGCUGCGCAUGUUGUUUACAAGGAAACAAAAACAACAUAAACUGCAACAUAAAGUUCAGAUUUCAAUAAAAAGAAGAGGCAUCAUGGAGGCCAGAGUCUUUACCAACGCCCAACAAUUAUGUCACAUAAUGCAAAGCUCUAAUAUACUGUAUGCAGCUGUUUGGGCAACUAAUGAUUGAUGAAUGAUAGGCAUAAAAGAUAAAUAGAGCUGUGGGGAGUAAGCGUCCAUGAGAGAUUGAUUUGUUCUGGCCGUGGCUUACAUUACUGCAGUUCAACCAAUCAGAUCCCACCCACCUCCUCUGUGAUGGGUGACUUUUGCCAGAUUCAUUUUAUUUCAUGUUGCAUCACAUAACGGUUUUCAAUGAGCCGCAGCUUCGUGUAACAGAAGGCCGUUAAAUACAUCGACUGUAUAUCUGCAGUACAUAUACAGUAUAAACUGUACACUGAAUAGGUUCAACAUAAUUAUUACGAAGAUGAGACUAAUGUGGCAUCCCACACACGCACAGACAGCAACAGCACUCCAAAGUGUCCUUAACAUUAAGCUUUAUGAUGAAUGCCACAACAGACUUUUAAUGAUUGUAAAAGUGACUGUUAAUUUCGACUUGUCUGUUUUACCCAUAACAUCACAUUUGGACCCAAAUAUUUCCCAGUUUUUGAGUAAGUCUUGAAAGGGGGGGCUGCAGAGGGUGUAUUGACGUGUUAAUGCUGCGUGCAGAUGGUAGCGGCAGCGUGCUCUUAAGAGGCAUACUAAUUCAUCCUCCUCCCCCCAAAAGAUGCUUAGGGAGCAUUACCAAACUCUCAUGGGAGGAGGUAAGAGGGGCGUGUUUCAUUUCAAGCCUAACACACACAGGCCUAUAAGGUGGAAAGGUAGCUGCAACAUGUAAUCCAGGCCUCUGAAUCAUCAUCAAACAUGGUCAAGUGAGAAUUUUAGUACGUAAGAAAAUUGAAGCGCUACAACAUCAAACAGGCCUAUUUUACGGCAACAUCGGGGUUUAAAGUUUUGUAAAAGUGUCAAAACAUGAAUUCAAAACUAAUCUAUUAAAAUAUUCCCCAUGCCCCCAAAUAAAUAUAUUCAUCUCUAUUGCAGUGCGCGACUGUCUGGACAAAAUCCUACUAAACCCUAAUCAUUUGUGUGAAUGAUUCUGAAAGCUUUAGUACUGUACCAAAAAACGGGGUUUAUAAAGUUUCCAGUAAAUUUCCAGAAAACUGGACACUUCUGGUAAGUUUAACAACUGAAUGAUGUACAGUGCAGGGUAGAAAAUCAACUACACUUGCAUAAAUGCUGCAAUAUAUGUGUUUGGCCGUAAAACAUUGAAGUUAUUUAUUACAAAACAUAGUUACUGUAGCUUAUGCAUGUUUACCUAGAAAAACUGAAGGGCCACUUAGAUAUUCUUCAAAGACAUGAUACGGAUAUUCCUUUUUUUUUAAAAAAAACAAACAAAAAUCAAGCUAAGAUAUGCUAAGCAGUUAAUAUAUUAAAAGAAGACAUACCCAUCUGAACUCUCAGCUUUUUGUAAGUGACAAAGCAAAUAGUUUUAGUAUUUUGUUUUUGUUCAAACCUUUGAUAUUGAAACUUUUUUUCUCAUCACUUUUCAUUUGUUUUCUUUUCAGUGUGGCCUUUGUUAAUUGUCAAUCCAUCCAUUUUCCCCCACUUGUCCGGGUCACGGGGGCAGCAGUCUGUUUGCCACUGAGGUGGUGUAGUACUACCUCAUCCAUGGUGGUGUCCACGUUUGUGUCCUCAGACUCUUGCUUCCUCUACAGCAAUUGUGUCAGUAUGAUUCAGAAGGGCCUUAAAAAGUAUUCCUUCCACCGUCGGAUUAUAUCCGCAGUUGUGGUCGACAGGCCUCUGUGCCUACCGGGUACUGCUUCCCCUUUCUGAGGCGUUGAACGAUUUGCCACAACCUCUUGAAGCCGACUGAAAAUAUUGCUUGGUUUUAAAACCUUUUAUUUAUUUUCAGAAUAUGCCAGGCCAAUAACAGUAACAGCCUGGAGAUCGGGAAGACCUGGGUUUGAUUCUCCCUUGGGCAUUUCUGUGUGGAGUUUGCAUGUUCUCCCCGUGUGCGCGUGGGUUUUCUCCGGGUACUCCGGCUUCCUCCCACAUUCCAAAAACAUGCAUGUUAGGUUAAUUGGUGACUCUAAAUUGUCCAUAGGUAUGAAUGUGAGUGUGAAUGGUUGUUUGUCUAUAUGUGCCCUGCCAUUGGCUGGCGACCAGUCCAGGGUGUACCCCGCCUGUUGCCCGAAGUCAGCUGGGAUAGGCUCCAGCAUGCCCCCGCGACCCUAAUGAGGAGAAGCGGCAUAGAAAAUGGAUGGAUGGAUGGAUGGAUGGAUGGAUGGGCUCGGCCAAUAAAAGAUGCACUGCGGCCUGGACCAUACUGUGGACACCUGUUCAACUGCCUUCACGAGAUGAGGUCUGACUGUGAAGGGGUUUUUUUCUUUUUCAAACUCACUUGACACUAUCACUGAAAUUGAUUUUAAUGUCAGGCUUGUUGUGAUUGUCAAACAUUGUUGUCUUACGGCUGCUGUGCUUAUUUAAAGUUGAUUUUUGUAUCUAAUACAGACACAUACAGAGUAGAAAUGUCGGGUUAUUUAUAGAAGGUGUAAAACACAGUUGUUUACAUUAGACUGCUGCCAAUAUGGUGGUGUCCUAUUUGGCUUGUCUUCCUAUGCAUGUACAGUUGGCAGACCUGAGUCAUUGUGACGUGCCUUGAUAGUUCUGCCCCCUGGUGGUUGGAAUAGGCUAGCGCAACAUUAUGCUAAAUAAAGCUAACAAAACAGUCCAGUUAGUCACUGCAGUCAAGUGUGACCUUUUAUCUCUGUUAUAGUUGAACGUUUGGGGAUAAUUCCCUUUAUUUAUAGAGAUCAAUUUUUUCCAUGAGGCAAAUGUCUGUAGUUUGUAUUAUAUUGUUAUGAGUGACAAAUAAAUGGAUGUACUGAUCUAGUGAUCAUUAUGUUGUCUUUUUUAAGGCAUUACUGGAUUCACGUCAUCCUCAUUAUGAAAUGACACCAUUUUGUGUUGGGGCAACUGGAGCAGUGCCCAACCAGAUCUAGCAGAUGACACAAUCCUUUUUCAAUGUACUGUAUGAAGAAGUGGAACUUUUAUCAUUUAAUGCAAUCAUUUGAUUGACUGUAAAAUGUAAUUAAUCUGUGACCGGUGCAAGCUCUGGCCGUAAAAAAAAAAAAAAAAAAAAUUAUUACCUAAACAGGUAAUGUUUAAGCAACAUGUCAUACAACUGCAACGAGAAGUCCACCAGCCAGAGAUGUUUUUUUAUUGGUGUGGCCAAGGUGAGACCAUGACUCACAUAGGGGUGGCAAUAAGUUAAUACCUGAAUUGUCUAGAUGGCCAGUAGGGUGGCUGGAGUAUGACCAGGGGUAGCUCCGCCACCACUUUUGGACCGUCUAUUAGAGCAAUUAAUAGCUGAGCAGUGCGCCUAGGACACGUUUUCAAUGCAUAGUUUCUGGAUUCUCCUCCCCAUCAUGGCGGCCAGACCCGCGCAGGGGAUAUUACGGAAGUUUUUAACUCUAGCCUCCUUGCUUUACAUGCCAACUCAUGCUGCUACAGAGAGCUUUGUUUAUUAACAGAUGUAUGUGCUGAAUCACACUUCAGAAUUUAAGUCAACAUAGUAAGAAAACUUGACCGUAACCGACCCAAGUAAUCGUGGAAAUCUUACCUACCGCUUGUAGUUCAUGCAAGACGCGGUUUUAUUGACAGCUCCUCCACACAGAAAGUUGUGUGGUGCAUUAGUGAUGUGUGUCGGUCGCGAACGAAUCGGCUGUAAGAGCCGGUUCUUUGAAAUAAACGACAGGAGCUGGUUCGCUUCAUUGGGAGCCGAUAAGUUUUUUUCUCGUCUUUUUUCCUGUUAAAGGCAAAAGUCAUUGGUCAAGAUGUGUGCCAGCGUCUGUGUCUUCACUGCGCAGGAGGAGGGGCAGGGGUUAAACACUGUGGUGCUCUUAGAGCCGAUACGAAAUCCAUUCGAAAGAGAUUUGACUUAUUUUUUACCUAAUUUGUCUAUUGAGAUGGGUCUUUGUUUUUAUAAUAAUGUAAUAUAUUUUUGUAACUGUUCA